CACAAAUCAUCUUGCAAGAGACCAUCGCACUCAUAGUUGAUUCGGACGAGUCUGGAGUCUAUGGGCAGCCGUAGCUCGGUCCAGAGCAGGAGCUGAUAGCCAAGGAGAGGACUAUGUGGACUAUGGCUCCUGGGCUUCAGGCAGCGUGCGUCCUCCUCCUCAUGACCCCGGUCCUCCUCAGCCCGGCUGCCGUCGAUCAGGACGAUGACCUGGAAGGUGACAACACGCUGGGGCUAGGCACCAAUGACAUGGACUUUGACGACUACCGAGGCAAAGGCUGCGUGGACGACAGUGGUUUUGUGUACAAACUGGGUGAGCGCUUUUUCCCGGGCCAUUCGAACUGCCCGUGCGUGUGCACAGAGGACGGCCCAGUGUGCGACCAGCCGGAGUGUCCCAAAAUCCACCCCAAGUGCAGUAAGGUCGAGCACAACGGCUGCUGUCCCGAAUGUAAAGAAGUGAAAAACUUUUGUGAAUACCGUGCAAAAACCUACAAAGUGCUGGAAGAAUUCAAGCCGUCUCCCUGUGAGUGGUGCCGGUGUGAAGCCAGCAGCGAGGUGCACUGUGUGGUCGCUGAUUGUGCCGUCCCGGAGUGCGUCAACCCAGUCUACGAGCCCGAGCAGUGCUGCCCCGUGUGCAAGAACGGUCCCAACUGUUUUGCAGGCUCUACAAUAAUCCCAGCAGGGAAGGAAGUGAAAGUGGACGACUGCACCAUAUGCUACUGCUCUCAAAAUGGGGACUGGUGGAAGACAGAACGACAAGCUACGUGUGUCAAACGCGAAUGUGAACGCCUGUGA